AUGUCUGAUACUGAUUACACCGACCAUUGGUGGAAGGGUAUCUCCUUCACCCCCGUGAAAGUCAAAAACGAUAUGAGCCUUGCACAGAAAAAGCACGAGAUUGCUAAAAAUAAGUACGACCAAUUAGUGCUUGAAAGCGAAAAGGAGGCAGUCAAUUCAAAAGACGGGAAAUGGAUGAGAAACCUUGUGAAUACCGGUACAUACUCCGAUCAAGUAAAAGCACUUGCUUUAUUAGUCAGAAGUAACCCACUUACUUGUCUCGAGUAUUUAGUCCAACUGCUGGCUAUCUGUGAAAAAAAGAACAAAGACGUCUCGGACUUAGCUAUCCGCGCGUCUAAAGAACUUUUCAUUGACAUUCUCCUUCCCGAUGAGCCUCUCCUUUUCUUUAUUGAAAAUGACUUCACUAAGGCAAAUACCUAUCAAUUGGCUCAAAUGUAUUUCAUGAACGCAUUGAAAGACUCAUUUGCGAAGUACAUUCAUUCCCUUAAACGUCAAUCGUCCGAAGUUUUGAACCAAUUCAAAUUGAGUGCGGUACGGAUUGCGGGAGAGUUGGCUGUCAAAAAGCACGAAGCGCAAAUUGAUUUGUUGAGUGUCGUUGCAAACAAACUUGAUGAUAAGGAUCGAGUUGCGUCAUCCAAAGUACAGAUUUACCUCACACAGAUCCUCGAAAGAUACAUUCAAAUGACUCCCUAUGUGAUUGAUGUGUUGAAACAGUACAUUAACAAGCCUGAUAUUACAACACAAAUGAUCCAAACCAUUCUCGCCGUCUUUUCUAAAGUCUCGUUGUCACGUGUAGGUCACUCCGUUGCCGAGGAAUUAUUAAAAUUGAGUAUUAAAUUCUUCAAUGCAGUUGUAGAUAAGAAAAAGUUCAACAAGAAGACCGACUCCAAAGUUGUUGAAAACGCCGUCAGAAGUAUCAAGCGUUGUUCUUUAUCUUCACGCGACUUUAGUGGCAUUCUUGAAAAUAUAGACGGACUCUAUGAAGCUGCAAAACACUUGGAGUUCGCACGUAUGUUGGACGUCUUUGUUGUUCUUUCGUUAGUUAAUAAGAAGAGUAAAAGCAAACGAUAUUUGAAGUUGUUGUACACGAAGAUGAAUGAAUUGCCCUCUCUUCGAUCAAAAAAGAUAUACACCUUCUUAGAGAUCGUCGAAAGCUCAUUGAACGAAUUUACUUCAUACGACGUCGUCGCUUCAUUCAUUCGAAAAAUGUUGAUAUUAUCAUUGGAAAUGAAACCCCCUGUCAUUUGCAAAAUACUUGCAAUCGUUAACAAUUGGAUCAAUGUUUAUCCUCCACUGAAGUCCAUGUUCACCGCAUCAAACUAUUUCGAUGAAGAAGAAAAUUACAAGGAUCUGGACGACUCCGAACAAAAAGACGACAAAGUCGAGAAAGAAGAGCAUAAGACAAGUUCUUCUGAUGAUGAGGAGGACGAGACUGACAACUCCGACUUCAUUAAUAAGAAGAAGAAACACGCCAAACCACAGAAUUUGUAUGGCGCAAAUCAGAAGUUUGAUGUCUGCGGAUAUGAUAUGACACAAAUAUUCCCAGAGAAGACGGGUGCUGUUACUACCAAGUGUUUUGAACUCACGUACUUAGUAAAUCACUACAACCCGUCUGUCCGUAGAUACGCAAAAUUACUUGUUGCUGGUAUGCCUUACACUGUCGGGAAGUACGACUGGUGGUCUUUAACUCCAGCCGUUAUGCUUUCCCGCUUCAAGUUGAAAACCUUGACUGUUCAUUUCAAGUCCGAGAAGAUUAAAAAUGAAGUCAUGCUAUGUUCCCCUGUCAACUCUGAAGAAUUUUUGCGAUUCGAUCGAAGUAAAGUCUUACCAGAGCUUUUGUUCUUCUUCGACUAUUACACCGAAAACCACGUGGAAAAGGGGUUGGCUAUGCCCGAUAAGUUAAAUAUGGAUUACUCGGACGAUUUGGAAGAAGACGAUGAGACGUUGUAUGGAGGAAAUGUGCCGCACAAAGCGGAGAGUCAAAUUGAAGGGCAAGUCGUUGAUUUCGAUGUUCCACAAGAGAAGGUUGAGAAGGAUGACAGCGAUGAAUACUCAUAUGAGGAUUUAACGUUUGGUGGGGAUUUGACUGGUACCAUUCCGGAUGACGAAGAAGACAUGGAUUUAAUAGAUGUUGGAGAAUUAAAAGAACAUAGCGAUGAUGAAGAAGAAACGAAAAGUUCUAAGAGAAAGAGAAAUCAAAAGGAUGAGUGA